AUGGGCCCCUGUACCGCCUCCCCAUGCUGCUGCCAGGCCCGUAAUCUGCCAUGGGCCCCCCGUACCGACUCCUCAUGCUGCUGCCAGGCCCGUAAUCUGCCAUGGGCCCCUGUACCCCCGCCUCCUCAUGCUGCUGCCAGGUCCAGAGUGUGUCAUGGGUCCCUGUACGGCCUCCCAUUGCUGCUGUCUCUAUCGCCACACUCUGCCAUGUGCCACUUUCAGGUCUCCUCACACUGCUGGUGGUUUCCAUUUUUGUCAUAGGGUGCUGUAUGGCCUCCCAUUGCUGCUGCCUCCACCGCCACACUGUGGCUCCACACUCUGGUUUUGGCCCCGUGACUGCCCAAAUGAGUGAAGUGUGCGGUGAUUCUAAGAUCGACGGCACUCAUCUGCAUGUCAUACUGACUGACAGUAUUAUUUCUCUUCCCCAGCAGACUCCAAGGGCAUUUAAAUUAAAGGUACAGUGUUCAGCACUAAUAUUA